UAUAUAUAUAGUAGCAAAAAUAAAUCAAUUUUGCAAGUGCUGUGUUGGCGUACGAGCGGCCGAUUUAUCAUGGUGGCUGAUCUUCAGUGGUUUACUCUAGAUCUACUCGGACCUAUCAUUUUUGGAGCAACAUUGAUUGUGCAUGGAGCCGGUGAUACCUUAGUGCUCCCCACCCUCCCCAUUGGAAGAGAGUGUUUCUGUCCUGGGGAUGUGGAGACGUACACUUGUACUGUAUCUGGUGGAGUUGUCACUGAAUGGACAGGGACUAGCUUUGACUGUCCAGCAAAUGGAGAUAUUGUUACAUUGACCCACAGUCGCUUUACAUCCAUGAGAUCCUGUAACAAUGGAGCUAUAGAAGGUGUUGGUACUUCAGUGAACACCAGUGUUACCCCAAACUGUUUUACAUCUCAGUUGUCAAUUAAUAUCAGCUCGACCAUGAAUGGUCAAACUGUUCAAUGUUUCAGAGAUGGUCCGCUUGAUACGAUUGGAAACCAUACAUUAAGAGUAGCAGAUCCGCCCCCUCCCCCCACUAGCCUGGUAGUAACUGACGUUGGUUUGUCCACAUUCACUUUAACCUGGGAGAAGCCAACUAGCGACUGUGGAACCUCCUUCUCAUAUGAUGUCGUCUCAGAUUGUGGAGGCUCUUGUUCGGUCAGCUCCAGCAUGUCAGGAGUGUGCUCUGAUUGGACUGCCGCUGGACAAAGCUGCUCCGUUAUGGUGAGGGCUGCCUUGUGUACUGGACAACCUGGAAGCGUCAGCACUCCCGUCAUGCUAAGUUUAACAGAACCACCCCCCCCUCUUGCUAGUGAUGUCAGUGGACAGGUAGUGUAUUCUGGUGACAGCCUCGACUCUCUUACUAUCACAUUCCCAACAGUGACUUUUGUCGAGGUUGCUCCUGGUUUGUCUCCUGUAGUUACUUACUCUGUACAAACCGUCGGUGAUCCAAAAGUGGUUUCCAUAGGCAACUGUAAUGCCACCCUGUGUCAGUACCAGACUAUCUUCGCACGUGAUAGUCUUCCCAGCAAUGACUUAAACGUGACUGUGACAGUUUCCAACGGAAUAGGAAGUGGACGAUCUGUGACACCCUUCAAAUUGCCAGCCAGUAUUUCUUCGUUGGUGACUGUGACAGUUGUUAUAGUGGACUCUAAUGCUAUUGUGUCCGCUUAUCUCCCGGACCCUAGUAGUUUCCAAGAUUUGGCUGUGACCUCAGGAGUUUGUAACACCAGCACUUGGAUGUCAGCUAAUGGCAUGGCUAGAGAUACUCUGACAGUUACACUAACGUCCAUACAGCCUGAAACCAAUUAUUGUUAUUCUAUUCAUUUCAACCAAGGAGGGCUAACAUUUGAUGUGAUGGGAACGUUCCGCUCAAGGUGUAGUGUAGCUGAACUGACGAGUGUAAUACAAACCUCAGAGGUGUGUCUAAUGGAAGGUUUUGCUGGUGGUAUCACGAUCCGUAAUGGAAGUGUGUGCUACACUGGGAAAGUCCCUGGAGCCAAUCACACUGCACAAUCUUUCUGCAACCAAGGUUACCAACUCAUAUCUACCUCAUCUCCGUCCAGAGAGUGCCAGAGCGACGGUACAUGGAGUGGAACUGUUCUGUGUGAACCUACACCAUCUUUGUCCCGAGAAGCUGUAAUUGCUCUCACAUUUGUCCUGACGUUCCUGCCGACCCUAGUUGUUGGAGUCUCUAUUGGUGUCCUCAUUGUGCUGGCAGUGAACAAGUACAGGAGGUCUGAGAAAGUAACUCUGCAAACUGAAACUGAAAUGAGACAACCACCUGUCAUAUAUGAAGAGCCGGACAGUAUUAAGAUUAAGCCAGAACCCCACACUCAGGGGAACGUUGCUUAUGGACAUGUGCAGUUCAGUUAGUUUUAAUGAGUCUGUCAUAUAGCUUACUGUGACAAUUAAAGUAUUGUUUUUUUGUCAGCCUUAUUUACUCGCAAAGAAUUACUAGUAAAUUGUGGAAACUGACAGGACAGAUAAUUAUAGCCUUUUCCAUAUAAUGUCUAAUAAUUACCCAAGGUGCACGUGGGCGGCCACGGGUAUAGACCCAUUGCAGUGACGUAAUUAAUAAUGAUGUCAUUGGAAUGUCAGCCAUUUUGAGGUAUAUACCAGCAGCAGACUUUUACGUACAAUCAUAGAUGUAGGAGAGAGGGAUUGGAAACGGAAGUAGAUUUCAAUGUACCUCACGUAUGACCUCGAUUAAACAUCCGCGCCUCGCCUAAUGAUGGCUAAUCUAUUCCCCAGGAACUUCGCGGUAACUGAGAUUAUUGGAAGUCUAGGAUUUUCUGAGUUGUCACUAGUAUUCUGUAAAGUUCUCCAGUAUCCAGUGCAACUGUGCUUUAUAUAGAUAGUGAAUAACCAUUGUUCAAGCUCUAUUUACCGUUGCAACUAUCUUCUUCAUGGAAUUUAGGUCAGUUUAAUCUUGUAUUGUACACAUUUAUCCCUUUUUCUCUGAAAUGAUUAAUGUUUAGGUCGUAUACUUUGGUCUGCUUAUUGGUAAAUCAUGUGGUAUCACCCCAAGCCAAAGAAAAUUAGUCGUACAUCAGCUGGUAGAAUCAAUGGUAGAAUUUAGUACUAGAAAAAAGUUGAAUUAAAAAGCACCACUAAAGAUCCUUUUUUGGGAAUACGCUAAGCGUUACAGAAAUUUAAAUUUUAGGCACACAUUCCCUUAUGAUUGGUGAUCACCCCAAAAGCAUUAGUUUUGGAUCAGGUGGAUGUAUAGCUUUUGUGUGCAUGAAUGUGUAGUCACCUAUUUUUACCUCAUAAUUGUUAUUGGCCCGGUAGUAGAUUGUGGUGAAAGGGCCUGUAGGCCCGAGAUAAUUAUCUACUACAAAUGCUGUUUCAUCUAUAUUUUAUAUAGCAAUACCUCGCAAGCCGAAACUUACUGAGUACGCUGAAGAAAAGAAGACAAAAGAAUUUACCCCUCCUCUCUACACCCCUAUAUAAUUAUACACAUCACCACCCUCGUACAUGUUACCGGCUGUUCCGACUAUAUACACCCUUGUAUACCUCACCAGCUUCUCUCCAUCUAAGACUGUCUGAUUAACUAGUGCUAAACUAAUCAUAAUUUUAAUUAUUUUUAUCGUGUAAGUUUUUGUUAAUAUUGUUUGGUUUGAUCCCACUCAUUUUACACUUUAAAA